AUGAAAGCAUUAAGUCAGGAUUCAUGCCAACUAUCACCGACUAAACCAAAUAAACUUAUUGGAUAUUAUCCCGCUUAUAGACUUAAUUUAACACCGGGAGCAAAUUUAACUAUCAGUCCAUCAAUUGAUUACUUAAACUUUAUUGCAUUUGACCAAAAUGACCUUGUUAAUAAUAGCAGAAAUGGUGGUAACCCAUCAUCUAUAUUUAGCAGACAAUCUUCCAAAUAUUAUGAUCUGUUAAAUUAUAGGACAAAAAAUAAUUUACAAUUUAAGAUGAUUCUAUCAGUCCUGCUACCAACUGACGAGAAUAAUUUAAUUAGUUUCUUUAAUAUUAAUCCAAACAGUUCUACGUAUAAUCCGAGUAGCAAUCCAAAUUCGAGAUUCGUUAAUGACUUAAUUAGUAUUGUUAAUACUAAUGGUUUUGACGGAAUGGACAUUGAUUAUCCUUAUAAACUUCCAUGUGGUCCAUCUGGAUUUGAUCCUGUUUUUUCAGCUUUCCUAACUAGCAUAGCAGCACGAUUAGGUGAUAAAAGUCUAACGAUUACAGCAGGCCAAUAUCCUAUAAAUAUGACCGAUACGAUCUAUAGUUACAUUGAUUUUGUAAAUAUUCAGGCAUUUCAUCUAAAUAUAAAUGACACAACUACAAGUGCUGGAAUAAACAAAAUCUCACAAAUCUUGAGUCCUUGGAAUAGUUUUGUAAAUUAUUCAAAACUCGUGUUAGGCGUUGAAUUCGGUGGCAUUGUUGAAGUUGUUUCUGAUGAUAGUAAUAGUAUUAAAUCGAACAUUGAGAAUCAAAAACUUCGACCAGUGAAUGACCCAAAUUUUAAUUUCCCUUUUUCUAAUGAACAGAUUCCAGAUCUGUGUAAAUUCUCAUCAUAUGCAUAUUUAUCAUGGGAAAAUUUAAAUAGUUUAUUAUCACCAUCUUCUUGUCCUACAAAUUUAACUUCAUCAUCGUCAGCAUGGACCUAUGGCUUUGUUAGCAAUGCGAAACAACCAUACCUUUAUCAACGGCAAAAUUCGUCUGAUCUGUCUUCAAGAUCCUAUGUUGCUUUCUAUGAAGAUUAUCUAUCGUUAAAUGCAAAACUCGACUAUAUAAAAAAUAAUAAUUUAUUCGGAAUUGCGAUUGCAGACAUUACUAAAGAUUCGAAAGAUUUACAAUUGACGAACUUUAUUUUGGGAAUUCCACCAAGUCCAUCUGGAAAAAGUGGAAAAAGUGGAACUACAAGUACCUCUUCACCUUCACCCGCAUCCACAUCACUGCCCAAUACCGGUACAAUAGUGGGUGGUGUAAUAGGCUCCAUUAUUUUUGUUAGCGCAUUAGUAGCUCUUGGCAUCAUAUUGUAUCGAAGAAGGUACGAAGCAAAAAUGUCUAAUCCACUUAUAGAUACAAAUAAUCAGCCUUGCUUGGAUACAAAUCCUCAGGUUUACUCUGAUAUAAAUCGUCAGGUUCGUCCGGAUACAAAUAAUCGGAUUUUCUCGGAUACAAAUCAUAAAGUCUUCUAA